GAAGUAUUAAUUAUACCAAGUCCACUUUGGAGUGUAAUUUCCUUUUCACGCAAAGAUCGUCACUCUGUAUUCCCACUCUCACUCUCUCUCUCUCUCCUGAAAAAAAAAAAAGAAAAACAAGCAAAAAAGGAGAGAUCGAGCGAGAACUCAAAAGCAGUGGGCACCGUCGUGGGUGGUGGUGCUGUGGUGUAGGUCUCUUUCCAUCAUUAGUAUUUCCCCAAAUUCCCUCAUUAAAAAAAACUAAAUCCCUAAAAUGACCUCACGACCCAUCACCGGCCCAAACCCUCCCUCCGCCGCCCCCAACCACCACCACUCCUCCUCCGCCUCCUUCCGCGGCUGCUGCUGCUGCCUCUUCCUCCUCUUCUCCUUCCUCGCCCUCCUCGCCCUGGCCCUCGUCCUCGUGGUGGUCCUCGCCCUGAAGCCGAAGAAGCCCGACUUCGACCUCCAGCAGGUGGGCGUGCACUACAUGGGGAUCAGCCCCACCACCGCCUCCUCCGCCGCCGUGUCGCUGGACAUCCGCAUGGUCUUCUCCGCCGCCAACGACAACAAGGUCGGGAUCAAGUACGGCGAGUCGCGCUUCACCGUCAUGUACCGCGGCAUCCCCCUCGGCCGCGGCACCAUCCCCGGCUUCUACCAGCCCGCCCACAGCGUCCGCCGCAUCGAGACCAUCAUCGUCGUCGACCGCGUCAGCCUCCUCCAGGCCGACGCCGCCGAUUUGGUCAGAGACGCCUCCUUGAACGACCGGGUCGAAUUGCGGGUCGUCGGCGACGUCGGAGCCAAGAUCCGGAUCAUCGGCUUAACCUCACCCGGUGUUCAGGAACUGUACACAUCACUCUCAUUAUUAAAUCAACUCUGAACUUUGCUAUUUUGGAGAAAUAUGUGUGUAAAUAGGAGUGUUGGAGAAUGAGUCUAGCAUUUUAGCACUUGAUAUAAAUAAAAAAGACUAAAAUUUAGGAGUACAUAUUGAUAUUUGUUUGGGAGGAGAGUGUAUCUAUUCUUCUUUCUCUAUGAAUUUUUUUGUUGAUUUUGUGUAGCAUGAUGAACUUUGGUUUCAUUAAUUUAUGUUAUUUGUCAGUCCUUAAAGAUGAUGGAGAAUUCCAGAAUUUUGGAAAAUUUACGUUUGUGAAAUUGAAAAAAGUAGUAGUACGGAGUAGUAAUCUUUAUUCUUUGGUAAAAAAACAAAAAAUGCGUGUAACUGAGAUUCGGCUUUCUUUUUUAUCUUCUUCCUUUAAUUACAGUACAAUAUAGUACUCCCUCCGUUCCAUGUUAAUAGAGUCAUUUUACUAUUUUUGGAAGUUCCAAGUUAAUUGAGUCAUUUCUAUAUUUGGU